AAAAUUUUAUGGUGAUGCCAACAUUUCCUGUGUCGCGAGUACACCUACCGCUUUACUUUCUUCCCCCUUGUUUUGGAGAUCUGAGGAAGCAUGUGGAAUCGGAUUUGAAAAAGUUUCUUCACUUGCCCGAGAAAACAAUUCAUGUUGCAAGAAAUUAUUUGCAAAAGGAUUUGCAAUUCAAAUGCAAGAAGAUAUCAUUCUGGCAGGCGUUUCAGUUAAAAUGCUGCAACAGUUGACUGUCAUAAUUGUAGAGAAAUCUGUUAUGGGUCAUGGAAGAUUAUUAGAAUCUCUAUACAAUCACUAUGAACUUUCUAGCUCACAAAUUACUUGA